AUGAACGUCAAAGUCAUCACCAAUAAACGUGGUAGUAUUCUUGGCAAGAUUCCGAUCAAAAUGAGCGAAACACCCCACCAUGAGAACACUCGUGAUGCUGAGCCCAGAGCUAACAGGUAUAGAUCUUCUAUGUGGCCGGGUAAUCAGACUGGUCCAAGAAUACCAGAUGGUAGAACAACUCGAGCCCGGACUCGAGCAGCACAGAUAGAAGAUAACGAACAUCGCGAGAGGACCCAGCCAUCCCGACAACGAGCCAAUCUGAAUGAGGGCCUCAGGGAGAGCCGAGAAAAUGAUACCGGAAUACCUCGACAUAACGAAGGAGCUCCUCCAUCAUCGCGGGGGGAUUACUGGUUUCACGGUAGUUCGAUUAGAUCUUUAGUUAAGAGCUUCUUAGGGAUACAUUUACCAGAAGAAAUAGCUAGCAGGGGACGUAUCUCGUUCGCCGAGGGGGAAUCAUUUUUCCCGGAUCCUAUGGUUACCUUCCUAGUUGACCGGCCUAAAAAUCUUGUAUGUCAAAUUUGUCAAACGGUAAAACUCUCAAUAGGGCACUUGGCGCAAGCUCCGUGCGAGAAUACCCCAGCCAUCCUUCCGUGUGGUCACAUGGCUUGCCACAAUUGUCUAAGAGCUUGGGUUGAUUUGCAUCAAAGCUGUCCUUUCUGCCGACAUGAGAUGAAAUACGAAAAAUGCGGACAUACCCUCAGGCCUGCAUUGAUCGCGCAUGAUACUAUCACCACCUUACCGAAGACACUUUCUCGAGGCGGGAAGAUAGCCGAGACUUGCCGCGAAUGCCAGGAGAGAGAAAGUAAAGAAAAGGUACUCAUAUUGUGGAAUAUGGCUACUGAAGCAGUUAGAAGUAGCCGAGAAUUUCCUCCAGAUACCGAUCCUGAAUAUGCUAGCCAGGUGGCAGAAGUCACUCGUGGAUUUUUCGAAUGUGUCCCGCAGUAUGCAGCAAAUAUCGCUCGGGAACGGGACACUUGGUAA